AAUCAACACAACCGACGUCGGCGCGCGGUCCAAGCCCACAUGUUGGCUGUUGGUGUGCUCAGUUGAGUUUUGGUUUCCGCGCUGUCGAGUCAAUGAAAUCGGAAGAUCUCAAAUUGUUGUUGGUCGCGGUGAAUAUUUUGUGUGCAUUUUUGGGAUUUGUGUCUCAAUCAUUUUGUGUGACAAAUGCAGUUCGCGCUGCAAUUUUUGAGAAAUUCAUAAAACCCACGGUGGUUUCAGUGUAAAGUCAGCGGGUUCGUGGCUUAAGUCUUUUGUAUACUGGAGAGAGCAUUUUGGCGAUAAUUUUUUCGAAAGCCAGUUUUGCGAAUAGUGGAAUUGUCGGCCACAAAACUACUAGAUAAUAGUUAAACUCAAAGUGCAAUUGCCACCAAACCCAAAAAAGUUGCUUCGAAAUAGAAAAAAAAUAGUCCGGUCAUUAAUUGUUGCUUCGUGCGUGACAACACAAACCUUCUGAGGAGUCUUCUUGAACGCCUUGAAGGCAAGAAACAAAAAGUUGAAAGCAAAACAGGCAGACAUUGCCUGUUGACACGGCGCGACAGGAUACACGGCAAAAGAAAUAAAAAUAAAGUAAAAAUUAAAAAAAUCAAUUAUUUAUUCAGUUGCAUUGCAGACGGGCAUCCGUUUCCGGCCCAUUGUUCUAAUAACACACAGACACAGCUGAAUGUGAGUGUGCUGGUGCAACCACAAUUGAAAUUUCCAUGAAUGAAUCAGUAGCAGUGCCUUCUAGCUGAGUGAUCAAACAGACGUAGAGCGCAAAGGCAAAAGGAGCACAAAGAUAAAAAACACACACACAGACAGACCUCUGCGAAAGGCAGUAAAGUAAUAGUUCGGUAAACAGCGUGACAUAAUCGUUCAUUCAUUGACAAAGCAAAGCGCAUUUACCUGCCGAAAAGUAAGAGCAAUUGGAACCCCGCCUACCCGCUUCCGCACCGCGCCGCCGUGUGAAAGGAGCAGUCGCACAAAACGACGCAACAACGCAAGUGCAUUCAGCCGUACCACACACAAACACACACACACGCACAUACAAGCGUUGCGCAAAUAGGGAAGUGUUCGGCGUAACGGAGAUAAACGUGCGCAUUUGAGUCGCAGAUAAGAUGCUUAUCACGCUUACAAAUCGCUCCGAGUGAAUAAACAACACGUCCGUAAUACACACACACACACCCAACCACCUUACACUCACCACACACCUUACAGUUCUGUGACUAGCAUUUGCUUUGUGGUCUUCUAGCUGUGUUGUUGUUGUUAUUUUUGUUGCUGUUGUUUGCUCUGUGUCACCUAAGCACUCAAUAGAGUUUUCCGAAUUCGCUGUUUGCCUUUCACACACAAAAGUGUUUGCAGUGCGCGUAGAUAAGCCGCGCUGUGGACAAGGCUGCGCGUCGUUCGGCUGAGAAAGUGAAGUGCCAAGUCAAGUCCAAUUGCUCCGAGCGUACCCCUGGCGGCCUAAGGUAGCUGCAGGCAUGGCGGCUGACAUCCGAGCACCGGCUCCUUUGAGCCCACAUUCACAACAAUUUAUCACUUUAAUCUUCAUCGCUUCAAUCAGUGCGGCGUUUGGCAAUGAUUUGCAUAAUUUGCGUGUCGAUACAGCAACAACCACAGUUGCGCCAGCCAUGUACCCGACAUCAUCGCUUACAACAAUCACACUGCUGACGAAGAGUUCCCCAUAUAUGACACCCGCUAGAACAAUGGCGAACCGCAGCAACACUGAUGAUGCCAUGUCCAAUGCAAUAAUGUUAGCUGGUGGCGGUCCAUCCUUAAAGCCCACACCGGCGUCUAUGAUACCGCAUCCACCGCCAGCCAUAAAGACGACGGGAAAGCUUUUCAACAAGAGCUUGCCGAAGCGACGAAAGGCAGGAGAAAUAUCCGCCAUACCCGUUUACGAUCCCAGUGUGGAGUGGAAGUGUCCGAACGUCACGAGCUCGCGCAGCCUGGAAUGCGGUUGUGACCUGCCGCAUACACUGCGUUGUACCGGCGAUUUGCAUGGUUUAACGGUGCUUGCGAGCAAUUUGAGGGUUUCUCCCUAUACCAUCUCGCUACUGGAUUGUUCCUUGCGGAAUGUCACCUUCUUGAGUGAUGCGAAGAUUUUCGAAGGCAUAUCGCUGUAUGGUUUGGUAAUUUCAUCCGGCGAAAUAAAGCGCGUCCAUAAAUCGGCGUUUCUGGGCAUAAAAGGACCUCUACAAGCCUUAGGACUACCAGCAAAUGCGCUCUUAAGUGUUCCAUGGAAUUCGAUAUCCACACUAACAGCACUCGAACGUUUAGAUUUGUCCAAUAACAAAAUUAAAGCUUUGGGCACUUCAGAUUUUGCCGGACUGUCUAAUCUCGUCUAUCUUGAGCUGAGCAAUAACCAAAUAUCCAGUAUAUCACAACGUACCUUUAUGAAUUUAAGGAAAUUGGAAGUAUUGAAAUUGGGUGGCAACCGUCUGGGAGAUUAUCCAACAAGCCUGAAGGCACUAACCGCCUGCUAUAACUUACGACAACUUGAUCUCUCCGCCAAUAAUCUGAAUGGCCCAUUAACUGCCUCCACCUUGCCCGGCUUGCGAAGCCUUGAAUCAUUGGAGUUAAAUCGUAAUCUCAUUAAAAGCAUCCAGAACAAAGCUUUGCAAAAUUUUUCUGGCCUCACUAGUCUCUCGCUGCGUCAUAAUCAAAUUGACGUGCUACAAGAUCACGCCUUUUACGGACUCGGUAACUUAGAAAAUCUGGAUCUCAGUUUCAAUGGCAUUGUCGCUAUUUCCAGCGCCUCACUGCAACAUCUGACACGCCUCACAACACUCGAUCUUACACAUAACUUUCUGCGUGCUCUCACCUCUGAUCUGAUCACACCGCUACCCUCCCUACAAGUCUUGCGUUUAGCCGGCAAUGACAUUUCUAUCGUUGCGAAAAAUGCUUUGGAUGGCGCACGCGAAUUGAAGAGCCUCUCCAUGCAAGACAAUCCUCUGUCCUGUGAUUGCACUAUACGCUCAUUCGCCGAGUGGUUGCAGGUGACCAAAAUACAAGCGGGCGAUUUAAUAAGCGCUACUUGCGUGACGCCGCCUCGCCUGGAGGGCGCACCUCUCAUACAAGUGCCAUUGGAAACUUUAAACUGCGAAAUGGACAAUGUGGAAAAGGAUAAUGCCAACAUAAUCGAGCAGUUGGAGGCGAUAACGAGACAAAACCAUACCACACACAUUAAAGAUCUUUCCGAAGAGAUUGUACUACACGAACUGCAUUUCUCAGCCGAUUACGGGCUGAUACUAACCUGGAUACUUAACCUGAGCAAGAACGACUAUAUGUGUGAUGCCAUCUUUGUCUAUAAAGAAGAGAAUAUCAACGAAAUACUGAUCGAUAACUCACCGAUCCAUUGUGAGAGCAAGGUGCUGAAUGGUCAGAACACUGUCAGUGUUAUAGUACCGGAUAGCUCUUCCUUGGAAAUCGGAGAAAGUUACCGUUUUUGCCUAGUUAUGGUGCAGGAGCAAAACCACGAUGCCGAUCUGAAUGUAGGCUGCUCCAACAUUACAAAACUACAACUUAGCAGCCCGGGCUCGGUGCCAGAAGUACGCCAAUACCAAAGGCGUCCAUACAGAACGGGGCUGCCCACAUAUAGCGACAGCGAAACCAGUUAUGCACCCAUUGUCGCGCAUAAAAUGGAUGAGAAUUUCACGAAUUCUAAACGAAAUCACAAUGCAAUAUACGAAGAGGCAAGUCAGUCACAACAAACAACACCGCAGCAUACAUAUAGCUUUUUGGAUUCGCUGAAUAAGAGUUUCCUGCCCGGCUUGGGCGUUGGCAUACUCGUAACAUCGGUGGUGGUACUUAUAUGGGGCGCCACACGCAUACGACAAGGUUCGAGCAACAGCCGGCCGAGCACUCCGACUGCAACCACCUGCUAUGCCGCCUCGGAGCAUAUAGCGCGCCUAGCAGAUGCUGAAAAUGGCACGCGCUAUUUAAAGUUGCAGGCCACGACCAGUCUUUGAGGAACCCCGAUCGAUGUUCCAUUAUAAUACAUCCAACUCUCACCACCAAUUUGUUCAUCGCGUGGAUUCGGUCCCUAUGAAAUAUAUGUGUAUAUACUUUUGUACAUACAUAUACGUUAUAUACCUGUGGAUCCGAAAAUAUUGUGAGUUGCUGCUACCUAUUAUAGUUAAGGAUCAGCAACUCUUGUGAUAGUACAAUCUUUGUACCAAUGCAUUAAAGUACGGUUUUUUUCAUUUUCAAGCGAUUUUCUAGUUGUAAAGUUAACACUAUAGCACCUAAGCCAAAUAUAAACAAAUUGUUAAUUCCUCUUUUAUAGUAAUCUUGUAGCUGUAGUGCAUUCGAUUUUUACUUUUCUAGGUUAAGUCCUCUCCUGGUUAAAGAGCACAGUAGACCUGCUCGGAUUGAUUAUAUAUUGUGCAUUUUUCGAUUCCUUGUGCCAUAGUUGAUAGUCCUUUCCUGUACUCACAUUCUAAUUUAUUAGUUGUUUAAGUCCUAAGUUAGCCUCUCACGUUCAUAACUUUUUAAACUAAAUGUUUCCGAUGUAAUUUUGUUUAUUUGAUUAGCACAUACUCAUACAUACAUACGCAUAUAAAUAUAUUAACUAAUUUAUUAACACACUACCACUAAUUGUUUGAAUAAAUGAAAAUAUUUAUUUAUCAAAAGCGAAGCGCGAGCAUUUAU